CGAGCGUCGGGGCUUGGAGCCGCUCCCCUACGGACUGCUACGUCUCCGUGACAAGAACACUCCUGUGCCAUUAGAUCAUGGCAAGCCCGGACUUAUCACGGCGCUCCUUGGACACACUACCCUACGACAUUCUCUUACACAUCCUUCAUUGCUACGGACAGAAUGAGUCAGUGCCGAAGCGGUAUAGACUGCUUUUUGCCUUGUCACAGGUUAACCACUAUCUUCGUUUCUUUGCAUUGCCUCUCCUUGCUCAGGAGGUCGCAAUACCCAGAUGGCAAGACUAUCUGGAAGCAGUCAAGUAUGUCACUGGAUCCUGCGUGAAGAGUGGGCUAUUAAGAGCAGGUAGUGUCCGACACAUCUACAUCGGACAUAUGAGCGACUCAAGGUGCCUCAGGAUUGACCUCGCUCGCAAGCUAAACGAGGUUCCCUUCCCUUUUCACAAUCUUCGCUCGUUCUCGUGCGGCGCCUGCGUAUUCAGGCCCUACGAGCUGCAGUUUCUGGAAUCCGCUUUCCGACUCACAUCGCUUUCAAUACGAUGGAACAAUGAGUGGAACUUCCCUGACAUCAGCGAAUGGCCAGAGCUUUGUACGUUGCGUCUGACAGUCUCCGGCUACGACGACAUCUGCUGGUCUCCGCCGUGCGAGUACCGAUCCUUCUAUAGUCUUACGACACUGGUUAUGUACGAACUUCCCGGGUCGUACUGCAGUUGGUGGAAUCACCAGUCUGACAACUACACUUUCCCCAACCUCCAUGUAUUCCGUAUAAGCCGAGCACGCAAUCCGCCCUCCGUAUAUCACUUUGUGCAACGCCAUCCGACAUUGCUCGAGGUAAAUGUCAGAUUUAUGGUCACUUCGCGGCAUCUUCCGUUCUGCAGGCUAUCAAGCCUGAUCAAGUUGAUUGACGGAACGGGGACAUGGAGAAUGCCGCCGAAGGAGCUGAGUCCGCUCAAUAGCUGUACACACUCCUUCAUCCCUGAUCACUCUAUCCUCGUCGAUGUUCCCGAGUACGACGAAGAUACGAUGACAGCGUUGGGCGAAGAACUUUUCAUGACGUGCUCUGCCUUCGCUUUCAAACGCAUCGCCUUACAUUCCGAAGCAACUCAGUGGGAUAAGCCGUUUGGGUCUCCAGAACCCCGGUACAGCGCUAUCGAGUUUGCUUUCCAAGGCCAGUGGUGGUGCGAGGAACAGGGCGUGCCAAUGUCCUGCGUCUCUCCACAUGCGCCUUCUACCGAUAUGGGUAUGUCGCGGACAUCUGGGCAAACAUCGGCAUCGCGCUCCGCAAAUGGCCGCACCUGAGGAAACUCGCAGUAAACUGGGGGUCGACGCAGUUGUACAAGAACUACUGGAACUCUGAACAGGAAGUCGUCCCUGGCUUGAAUGUGCCGAUUCUCGACGACGUUGUUCCACCGGUUCAUUACGAUUAUGGCGAAGUGAAGAGCAAAGGCGAGCUUGCGCGACUGCCGCCCUACGGUUAUCCUUUCCGUCUC